AUGACAUUACGAUGGGUGUGGGCGCUAAUCGCGUUAACGAUCGCGUGCGCUAGCAGUGAACGCGGGAACCGAGGUUCAUCCCUACGUGGUGCACUAGAGGCCCUCCAACGGCGGCAACGUGGCCGUAACCACGGUUCCAUUAUACCGCAACCUGAUUACGAUGCAGUAUACGAAUUUGUUCCACCACAGGCUUACCCAGACCCUGAUUAUGGCGUGGAUGUCGAAGAAGUUGAGGAUGAACCCACUCCAAAAUACGUCGUCAAGAUUUUAAAUGAAGAUCAGAGACCGCUAGAAGAUUAUGAAUAUAAAGUAAUUAAGAAGAAAAACGCCUAUUUUGACUCACCAGAUUACGCCUCGAAAAAAGAAUCUGCAUUUCGUGAAAGAAGUCAACAUAUUGACAGUGACACACUUCGAGAUAUAUUCACGGACACCAGUGAACUUAAUGACAGAAACGAUUUUAUGCAAGAACGAACAGAAAAUGAUGCUGAUUACGUGCAACUUCUAGAUCAGCUAUGGUCCAAAUACAAGCAUAAUAAAAAUAAACUACGCACCAAUAAUAUAGAUCCUCCUCAUGGUAUUGUCAAACUUUAUAAAGAAAAAAUUGUCAAAAAGAGAUAUCCAAAUAAUUGGGGUCCAAUUGCUUUUAAGAAAAAACGUAAUUCUGAUUUUGAAGAAGAUGAUGAUAAUUAUAAUGCAUAUAAAUUAUCUGACACUGAUAAAGAUGAUACGCACGCACAUAUUAUGUCUUUUCAACCAAUGGAUGAUGAUGGAUUAUCAGGUAUAAUAGACGAGGACCAAUAUGAAGCGAUUGAAAAACGUUUUCCAGUUUCUAAACGUAGCAGUGGGCCGUAUUAUAGCUCUCAGAAAAAAAGUUAUACACCGGAUCAAAAUAAACGAGAGAUAUCUAAAAACCUAAAAAGCAAUUUAGGAACAGAUCCGAAGGUUUUAAGAGAUUUGUCAAAAAUAUUCGGGGAAGGCGAUUCCGAUUUUAUUAAAACCCCAGUAAAAAGAAGCAGCGAUCAUGAUGAAGCGGUCCAUGAAAUGUUACCACCAAACUUAACAGUUUUAGCCCAAAAUAACAACAAUUCGAAACUUGAUGAAGACAGUCAUGAACAGCACGGUGGCGCAAUUCAUCACCCAGGAUUGUCUGGAGAAAAAAUAGAGCACGACUCUGACCAUGAUCAUCACCUCGAUCAUGCACACGAUCAUGACCACGCUCAUGACCAUGCCCAUGAACAUGAUCACGCCCAUGACCAUGAUCACUCAAAUGAUCACGCUCAUGACCAUGAUCACUCAAAUGAUCAUGUUCAUACUCACGGCGAUAUGCACACCCAUGAACACGAUCAUGAACAGAAACACAUUCAUGACCAUCUUCAUUCUGAUCAAGGGAAAUCGGAAAAACCAAUUACUCUUAAAAAGAAGUCUAUAGACUGGUCCGAUUACUUUGGAAUUGAUAAACGGUUUAAAAAAUCAAUAUCAUUUGUAAAUGAUUUGGAUCAAGACAAGUUGAAAAAGCAGUAUUUUGUCACUUUUAAUAAGGAAGUUAUUAACCCAGUUAACACUUUACAAAAACAUGUUGACGUAAAAAGAAAUUUUAUACAACCAAAACCAAAUCAAGGAACAAAUAUCGAGAUAAAACGUAAUCAAGCUAUUGGCUUCCGAAAUAAUAAUAAACGUAACAGUGGUUCAGACAACGACAACGAUUCAAAUCUCGAUAAUAUUGACAAAAAAUUAAGGAACAUGGAAGGCCUGAUUGUUGAUGACGCUUUACACAUUUCGAACGUUGGUGAAAAACUAGAUUCAAAGGAAGAACAAGAAAUGAAGGAAAAAUUAUUAUCACGUCUGGCUGCAGCAUAUAGCCUAGAAAAGAUGAGGAAGGCGUUAAAAGAAUUCAAACAAAGUCUACAAACACAACAAGCGAUUAAUAUGAAAUUAAAGACUGCUAAUGAAGAAUUAGAAUCUAAAAGGGUUGCAGUGAAAAAGGAGAGAGCCCUUUCAACAACCAAUGAUGUAUCUAAUUAUAUUAAAGAGGAUGAUAAAAAUGAUGACUUUGAAGAUGAACAAGGCGCCGGUCACUAUUUGAACGGUAAAAUUGAAGAGCAGCUAUCUGAAGGUUACAUGGGUGGUAGUGGACGACACCGUAUACCUAUGGUGUCAACUGUUAGUUCCACAGGACCAUGUCCGGUUCUUGCAAAAAUUAUUCAAAGAUGCCGUGGUGUAGAUUUACUGGCCGGAGAUCGAGGACAACUCUUCCUUCCACAUUGCAGUUUACAUCAGAUUUGCUACUUAUGCGGCGAGGCUCCACCGACGACUUGCGACUUAGUUUUUCUAUCUGAAGCGGAUACCACUUGCGAAGGUGACAUGAGUUGCCAGCGUGCGGCACGGUCGGCAUUGAUGGCACUUCGAGAAUUACACGACAACCUUGCUGAUGAAUUGGAUGGGGAAUGCGAAGCCAGCCCAUGUCUUCCAGCGACAUUAAAACUUAACAUCGGUUGGCAAAGAGCACUUCAACGAUAG